UGCGCAUGCGUUAUUCCUGGUUUUUCUCUUUAGUGGUGCUGCUUUACACAGCUGCACGUUUGAAAAUAAGUUAAACAUCAUUACUGUCGUUUCUGAACAUUAUACGAGGACAGACGACUUUGUGUUAAGAUCAUGCCGAAAAACAAAGGUAAAGGAGGAAAGAAUCGGCGACGUGGUAAGAAUGAAAAUGAAUCGGAGAAAAGGGAGUUGGUUUUCAAAGAGGAUGGACAAGAAUAUGCUCAGGUCAUCAAGAUGUUGGGAAAUGGGAGAUUGGAGGCCUUGUGCUUUGAUGGAGUCAAGCGGCUUUGUCACAUUCGGGGAAAGCUCCGGAAAAAGGUUUGGAUUAAUACGUCAGACAUUAUACUCAUUGGAUUAAGGGAUUACCAGGAUAAUAAAGCAGACGUCAUUUUGAAGUAUAAUGCUGAUGAGGCUCGGAGUCUAAAAGCCUAUGGAGAGCUUCCAGAGCACGCCAAAAUCAACGAGACUGAUACCUUCGGGCCUGGUGAUGAUGAUGAGAUCCAGUUCGAUGACAUUGGUGAUGAUGAUGAGGACAUUGAUGAUAUCUAAGAAGAUGAAGCUGGGAAAUUAACAUUUCAGCAACAGUGUCUUCGCACAAAUCCAACCCUCAACCCCCCUUCUUCCCCCAAACAAUAUGUACACAGAGGCUCAAGUUUUAGGUUUCUGUGACUAACCACAUGACUGUAUUGUCACCUUAAAUCGAUUUUGUUAUCUUUUAAUGUAUUUAUAUUGAUUUCACAUCAAGUGGAAUUUAGUUACAAGUACAGAAUCUCUGGAUUCGCAAUAAAAAGAUAAACAAUUUUA